AUGUCACAACCACAGGAGACUCCCCAACAACCCGUGAACCCCGAAAUCGAACGCUACAGAAAAGCCGUCCACAACGCCGCCCUCGCCGCGGUAAUAGCUUGCCCAAUCCUCGCAAUCCUCCCACCCCGAAAGCUCGACAUCUACACUCUCGGUCUUGUCGGUGUCACAGGCUACUCUGCAAACUACCUGAUCCGUGAAUCAUCUGGAAGGUCAGUGUGGCAGCAUGUCAGUCGGCAGCCAAUGCGACCACUUCCAGGUAGAGACGAUCUGGAGAGACAAGAGCAAAGUGUGAUCGCGGAGCUGCAGAAAGAGGGCAGGGGUGAAUUGGCGAAGCAGAGGGAUGUGUGGAAGGUGCAACGGCAGAGGGAGAUAAAAGAGGAUGUCGAGGAGGGGAAGGGGUUUGCGGAUAUGAUUAUGGAUCAGAUUUGGGAGGUGUGGAAUCAGGGAAAGGUUAAGGAGGAUGAGGAUGAUUGA